GGAACACAAAUCUCUCUAUAUAUAUAUAUUUAUUAUUAUGCUUCGCCAUACAUUUAGAUUAUCGAUGAAAUAUGCGAAACUUGAGCUAACUACUCGAGGUGAGUUUCCUCAUGGGAUGAAGGAACCUGGCUUUGUAAAAAAGUUAGACAAAAACAUCCCUUGGUAUUUUUCAUCAUACCGUUCAAUGUAUCAUUGGCCUGUUGUUGGUGACAAUUGGAGUGACCUUGAUGAGGGGAAUAAACAUCAUGAUUUACAUAUGUUUUAUACUUUAGCGUGGUGGAAGCUUGGUGAAGGUAUUUUUGACGCUGACGACGAGGAUUGGUGAGGGUAAAGAUGAGUUUAGGGACGAAAUAGAAUCAUUAUGUUUUGAAAAAAAUUAGGGUGCUUUAA